UCCUUAUGUUCUCAUGGGACUAAGUUAAUGAUCCCAGCCAACAAAAUAAUACAAAGAGGGGAAAAGCCUGAGAAGUCGGCGCCUGGUUGAACCAUUUGGAGCUGUUUCGGCUUGCUUUAGAGAGGAUUAGAGAAGAAGAGGUUGUGUGAGGAGAAUUUCAGAGAUAGCGGUGAGACAGUCGAUGCUGCAGAGCCCAGGCAGAAAGUAGGAGCUAAAGGGAGGCUUCUGAGGAAAGCCAGUGUUUUCAGAAAAAUCUCUUCCUUGGCUUUAUUGCUGCAUUCAUCUGUCAUCCGUACUAUGGACUGUCUAGUUGACUGAGUAACAGACUGUGAGAUAGCUGAUCAGCUUCCCUGGAUUUCGCUGACGACCUCACUUUGUUUUGCCUGAAAAUGGAAACACUGGAGUCGGAACUGACCUGCCCAAUUUGUCUGGAGCUCUUCGAAGACCCACUGCUCUUGCCCUGCGCUCACAGCCUUUGUUUCAACUGUGCCCAUCGUAUCCUGGUGUCACACUGCACCCCCAGCGAGCCAAUUCAGUCCAUCAGCGCCUUUCAGUGUCCAACCUGUCGCUAUGUCAUCACUCUGAACCAGAGGGGCCUAGAGGGACUGAAACGCAACGUUACAUUACAGAACAUCAUAGACCGAUACCAGAAAGCUUCUCUGAGCGGACCUAAUUCUCCUAACGAGACUCGGCGUGAGCGAGCCGCGCCAGAAAGGAAAGCCAUGACUUCUCCCGGUGACCGAGUGCAGUGUCAGUUCUGUGAGCAGGACCCCCCGCAGGAGGCCGUGAAGACCUGCAUCACCUGUGAGGUGUCAUACUGCGACGAUUGCUUGAAGGCCACACACCCCAACAAGAAGCCUUUCACGGGCCACCGUCUGAUCGAGCCCUUACUGGACUCCCAUGUGCGAGGGGUGAUGUGUCUGGAGCAUGAGGAGGAGAAGGUCAACAUGUACUGUGUGACUGAUGAGCAGUUGAUCUGUUCAUUGUGUAAGCUGGUUGGCCGACACCGGGAUCACCAGGUCGCAGCCCUCGGUGACCGAUUUGACAAACUCAAGAGCUCGCCUGGCCGCUUUCUCUAUGUGGCGGGGAGUGGUCUUUCACACCAGGAGGCAGACCAGCAUGCUUUGGAUUCCAACCUUAACAGUCUCAUCAAAAGGACCACUGAGUUGGAAAGUAUAAUGGGCAAACUCAUCCAAACCUGCCAGCAUGUAGAGGUAAAUGCGUCGCGACAAGAAAACAAGCUGCUGGAGGAGUGUGAUGUUCUGAUAAAUAUCGUACAGCAGCGAAGACAAAUCAUAGCUACCAAGAUAAAGGAGGGGAAGGCUGUGCGUAUGAGGAAACUAGCCCAGCAGAUAGCCAGCUGCAAGCAGUGCAUCGAGAGGUCGUCCUCCCUCAUCUCUCUGGCCGACCAGACCCUCAAGGAGACGGACCACGCUCGCUUCCUCUUAACGGCUAAAAGCACCUGUGAGAGAGUUUCCAUGGCAACGGCCUCCUCUCAAAUCCUGUUACCAGAAAUGAACCUGAAUGACACCUUUGACAGUUUUGCCCUGGACUUCACGAGGGAGAAGAAAAUGCUCGAAAGCUUAGAUUACCUCACAGCACCAAAUCCACCAGUAAUCCGUGAGGAAUUAUGUACAGCCUCAUACGACACGAUCACAGUUCACUGGACAACAGAUGAUGAAUUCUCUGUUGUAUCAUAUGAACUCCAGUAUGCCAUCUUCACCAGCCAAUCAAAUGUUGUCAGUUUGUGUAACUCUGCUGACAGCUGGAUGAUUGUACCAAACAUCAAGCAGAAUCACUACACUGUGCACGGGCUCCAGUGUGGCAUCAAGUACAUUUUUGUACUGAAGGCCAUAAACCAGGCUGGAACCCGCAGCAGUGAACCGGGGAAACUCAAGACAAACAGUCAGCCAUUCAAGUUGGAUGCAAAGUCAGCUCACAAGAAGUUGAGGGUGUCCCAUGACAACCUGACGGUGGAGAGGGACGAGACGUCUUCCAAGAAGAGCCACAGCCAGGACAAAUUCUCCACCCACAGCAGCUACGGUGUCACAGGAAACGUCUUCAUUGACAGCGGCCGCCAUUACUGGGAAGCUCUGAUAGGAGGAAGCACAUGGUUUGCAGUGGGCAUUGCAUAUAAGUCAGCACCAAAACACGAAUGGGUUGGCAAAAACUCCGCCUCUUGGGUGCUGUCUCGAUGCAACAACUCGUGGGUGGUGCGUCACAACUGUAAGGAGAUGCCCAUCGAGCCCUCACCCCACAUGCGUCGUAUCGGAGUGCUGUUGGACUAUGACUCUGGAUCUCUGUCCUUCUACGACGCUGUCGGCUCUCAGCACUUGUAUACAUUUGAUGUCUCCUUUGCUCAGCCGGUGUGCCCCGUGUUCAACGUGUGGAACAGGUGUUUGACGAUCCUCACCGGCCUGCCCAUCCCAGAUCACUUAGAGGGGAAAGAUUAUAACCAUUGAUGAGACUUCUCCUGCUGGAUUUUUCUUGUGUACCCAAAAAUAGACCAUACUGCUUGCACCUAAUUGACUGUGAUGCCCACGUACUGUUGAUAAAAUAAAAACAGUAACCAAACUUGAUGCAAUUAAUAGCUCAGAUAUACAUUCCUAAUCAAGCCUAUGUUGAAAUUAACCUGAAUUAUUGAAGAGAUUAUUUACAAGCAUUGUAGAUGUAUUUCUUUGCUUUGCACAUGUACUGUUUGUACAUUACACUGCUGGAUGGUUUUAGGGGUUUGCUUACAGUUUGAAAUUCAUAUUCAAAUAGAUUCCACGUUUGUUUUACCAUGUUAAGGGAUCUUGGACUAUUUUGUUUCCGGAAGGUUGUUUUGUUUGCUAUUUUAAAUGUCAUGUAUUGAAAGAUUUUAUUAAUCAUAGCACUUUGAGCAGUUGUCACUAUAAAAUGAAUUUCUAAGCCACUAAUAAUGCAAGUCAUAAUGUGAAUGUUAAAAACACUUAGAUCAGAUAACAAAAACAGUCAUUAAUAACAUUAAUCAGUCAAUUCAGCAAUUUUCAAAUAUUUAUUAUCUGCUCAGCAUUAUGGUAUAACUCAUCACAAUUGUUCCCGUUUUAUGUUUUUCUGUGACAAGAUAUAAUAAAAGUGACUUAAUUUCA